AUGGCUACCGAUACCGCCCGAACAGCUGCAAAUCUCCUCUCUGCUGAGCCGAAUCGCGACCCCAGUUACAAUGACUUUACUUUCACGCCUUUCUUACGCAAGAGCUUCGGCUUCGGACUCGCCAGCGAUGUACCUGUCUGUAAAGCUUACAGUGAAGGGCACUGUCCGUUAGGGCCUGCCUGUCCCGAUCGCCAUCCUACCCCCUCCCGUGUCACCACCUCAACUACCACAGCAUCUGGGAUGGCACCAUCUACCACGCACGGGUCGCUGGUCUGCAAACAUUUUCUCAAGGGACUAUGCAAGAAGGGAUUGAAAUGCGAAUACCUCCACGAAUACAACCUCCGACGAAUGCCCGAGUGCCAGUCAUUUUCGCGAUCCGGAUAUUGCACCAAUGGCGACGACUGCCUUUACCAGCACGUUCGCGAGGAGGCACGCCUGCCGCCUUGCGAGCAUUACGACCGCGGAUACUGUGAACUGGGACCACUUUGUGCAAAGCGACAUGUGCGCCGGAAGCUAUGCAUGUUCUAUCUGGCUGGGUUCUGUCCUGAUGGAAAAGCAUGCGCCAAUGCUCAUCCGCGCUGGAGUGAUAACCUACCUCGGCCUACGAUGCGCACCGAAAAGACGGAAGAGGAAUUGGAGCAGGAACGGGCUCUCAUUCGCGAAGAACAAGAGCGGGAGAAGGAGCGGGAAAGGGAAUGGCGAAAUGAACGUGGUCGGGGUGGUGGAUUUGGCCGUGGUCGCUUCCGCGGGCGUGGAAGAGGUUAG